CCUUAAGCUUAGGUUAAAGCAGCCAUGGCUUAGGCCCCGCACCCGAUACGGAUUUAGAAGCAAAGACCUAUCAGUGGUGACUACUAAAGCAGGCAAACGAGCAGGCAGCUUAAGCACCUUGGCGAGCUACAUCCGCGAAAAACAACCGAACACAGCAUCUCCAGGUUAGCUCUAUAUUAGCUUAACCUAUUUUUUACAACCAAGAGCACUCUACGACCUUCAAGACUCUGUCCCUUUCGCGAAAGGAUAGAUACCUAGUCUUCACAUCGCACGCUCCGCCAUGGCAGAGCCAGACGUCGCAACCAAGGCUCCCGAGUACGAUGCUCAGGAAACCGCCAUUCCGGGCGAUACACCCACGCACACGGGUCCUGGGAUGGGCGAACACUGCACAACUGACAGGCCGACUCCUGCUGGCCUAACUCCGAAGGGGGAACUCAGGAAGCUGGGCGGAGUGGAUGUCUACCUCACGAAGCCAGAGGGGUACCCGGCAGACCCCUCCAAACUCCUGCUCCUCUUGACAGGCGGAACGGGCCUUAAAUCGACAAAUAAUCAGAUACAAGCAGACCAGUAUGCAGACGAGGGCUUCGUUGUUGUAAUGCCGGACCUCUUCGAGGGCGACCCUGCGCCGAACUCCUCCACAGCCCCGGGUAUCGAGACCCAUGGAUCCUCGUUGCUUGACGUGUUUAAACUCAAGGCCGUCGAAACGGCGAAGUCGUUCCUAAUCGAUAUGUGGUUGGCGCGGCACACUGAGGAAAAAGUCAUGCCUUUACUAGAGAAGGUUAUCGACGCAUGCAAUGGCGAGUUCGCCGACGCGGUGGGCAACGGGGGCGGGAUCUACGCGAUAGGCUACUGUUUCGGUGGACGGUAUGUCCUGUUGCUAGCGAGCAAGCGCAGCUCUGUUCAUACCGGUUGGGGCCGCACCCAAAAUCAUGCUGAAGGGGAGGCGGACGCUGGAGCCAGCCUCCCAGACGAGAAGGGACCGUAUAUCAAGGCCGGUGCCCUGGCGCACGCGACAUUAGUAUCGCCAGACGAUUUCCAGGGCUUGCAAGUUCCGGUGAGCCUGGUCUGCGUGGAAGACGACCCGUUAUUUCCCGAUGAUAUCCGAGAAGCUGGGGAAGGUAUAAUGUCGAAGGAGAGCGUAGAGCACGAAGUUCAGGUCUAUCCUGGCGUUCCCCAUGGUUUUGCCGUGGUUGGAGACUACGACGAUGCACACAUAAAGGACGCGCAGGCGACGGCUUUUGAGCAGAUGUUGAAGUGGGUCAAGGGGCAUUGACGAAGAGAGUUGACGGGGCAGGGCUCCUGAUGAUCGUAGAAUUUGUAUAUUGGUCGAAUGAACCAUGGACCAGUUGA